AUGGAAGCAUUUAGUGAAAGUGACUAUAGUGAUAUUGCAAUUGGUAUUAUAAAGAACUAUGAGAAUAAUGUAAUUGAAAAAAAGAAAAAGCUAAAUGAAAAAGAAACGAUUUUAAAAUAUAAUAAUGAUUAUAAUACGGAAGCUGAUAUACAUGCUAACCAUAAUAACUUAAUAGAUCAUGUCAAACUUUUAGAAAAUGAUAAAAGUGAUGAUAGUAGUUACGAUUCGCUAGUUGAUGAUUUUUAUAAUAAAGCAGUAACAAAUUAUAGGGAAAAUUGCAAAAAAAAAGAUAAUAUAACUAAUUUAAGUAAUGGAGAAAAUGAUACAAACAACCUUAUCACAGAUGAUAAGGAAUUAAAAGAAAUGGGGGGUAAUAAAGAUCCAAAGAAAUUAUAUCUCAAAAAAAAAGUGAUACAACGAAAUACGGAAAUAUUGAAAAAAAAUCAUAACAAACCAUUAAUACCUUUGUUAAAAAAUAAUAAUAAAAAAAAAAAAAAUGAUGUUAUAAAAGGUGCCAAAAUAAAACCAGUGAAACAUGCGAAUGAAUGGGAUGGCAAUCAAAAUGAUUUAAACAAAUUUAAAUUAUCUAAAGAAGAGGUAGAACAAAAACGAAAUAGUUUUAAGUCAAGGAAUUUAGACAAAGUCAAAAUAGAAUAUCAAGAAAGAUUAAAAAAAAUGAGAGAACGAGAAAAGAAAAUAUAUUCACUUGGUAAUUCUAACCCCAAGGAAAAUGUAAAAAAUGAUGAUACAAUAGAAAACGAAAAAAAAGCAAAAAAAAAUAAAACUCAACCUAUUCAAGAAUUAAAAAAAAAUGGGGAAAAAUCAAAAUAUGCGUAUAAAAAAAGUUUGACCAAAUAUGCCAAGGAUAUUAUUGCACGGAAAAAAGGGAAUAAUCAAGCAAAUCCAAUUAAUUGUAGCACUGAGAAAAUCAAAGAGGAGGAAAUAGAUGAGAACAAUGAUGUAAUAACAGAUAGUGAUAUUCCAUCUAGACAUUUAAAUAAGUAUAGUUUUCAUAAACAUUCACACAUUUAUAACGAAACAGAUCAUAUAAACGAUGGGUAUUUUAGUUCAAGUGUAAAUUUCAUUAGAAAUAAUUCCUUUUGUAAUCAUGUCAAUAAAAGAAAAAAAAAAUAUAAAAAAAGAGGUGAUAAAAAUUACUCUGAUUAUGAUGAAGUUUAUGUUUAUAAAUAUAGACGAAAUAAUCGAAAGCAUAAUGGAUAUUUAUCAAAUAUAUCUAAAGAAGGAAGUAAUAUGGAUUUAAAUUAUCUUAGUGAAAUUGAUUGGUAUGAUAAUCGAACAGAUUGCAGUAAUUCAAUAGAUGAUAGAUGUGAUAAAAAUAAUUGUAUUUUAGAAUCACGACAUUUAAGAUGCAGAAGUGAAUAUCCAAGAAAAAAUAAAAAUUAUAAAAAAAAAUUACAAAGAAGAAAUGAAAUAAGAAAUAAAGAUGAUCAUUAUUUUGGAAAAUGUAUGCACAAAAAUAAGUAUAAACAUACUUCAAAUAGAUCAAUGCAUAAUUGUUCUGAAUAUGGUUAUAUGACUGAAUCAACUGAUGUCUCCUCUUUUAGUAAUGAUACAACUAUAAAUAAUUUUACAAAGGAGGUUGAAAAAUAUACUGACCCGUUAUGUAUUGAUAUAGAUAGUUUUAAUACUAAAACUUGUAAUAUAGAUUGUUACAAAAUCGAAAUAACCAAACCAAAAGAGUUUGAUGAAAAAAAUAUAUACCCAAAUGAAGAAUUAAAAUUUUGGAAAAAAUGGUUACAUGAUGGUAAUAAUAGUGAUGUGGAAUCAUAUGAUUUGUCAGAAGGAUCAUCUAGUUGUACAGGUGAUUAUGAUAAUCAUAUAUUUGAUUCUGAUUAUUCUGAACAAAUAAGAAAACUAAAUUUAGACACUAUACAAAAUAAUAAUUUAUUAAAUUUAAAAAAAGUUAAACUAGAAACAUUUAAUCAUAUUAAAAAAAUGAUUAACAAAAUUAAAAAUUUAAAUUAUAAUGAAUUAAAGAAUGGACACAAUUUUACAAAUUCUAUAAAUAUAUUUUCAGAUCCCUUUAAGGACAAUCGAAAUAUUCCAGAAAAUUCCAAUAUUGAUUAUGAUAAAGAAAAUGAAAAUAUAUCUCAAAAAAAUAACAAAUUUUAUAAAUAUAAUAAUAUAAAAGAAGGAAUAGAAAGAACUGGAGGAACUGCACCUUUAAUGGAAUAUCUGUUCAAUGAUGAUGCUGAUGGAGAUAUUAAAAAUUAUAUUUCUUCAAAAAGUGAAGUAUGUGAAUAUUAUAAUAAAGAAGAUAAUUCGUCAUUAAAUGAAAGUAAUAAAAAUAUUAUUAAUAUAAAUAAUAAUUUAACAAGUAGUGAUGUUGUUCCUUUUUCUUUUUCUUAUUCUAAUAAUAAAGAAUGUUCUUUUGUUAAUAAUAUAUAUGAUCAUAAAGAUGAUGAACGAAGUUAUCGAAAUAGUAGUAGUGAGAUAAUUCGGGGAAAUAAAAAUAGUCAGGUUAUAUUAGCUAGCCAAAAUGAAGACAUACCAAAUUCUAAUGAAUAUAUUACAUCAUCAAACAAUUAUAAAACUUUAUCUAUUAAUAAUAGUUUGGAUGUAGAUAUUCAAAAUUCUGAAAAAAGUUCAUCUAAAACUGCAGAUUGGGGAGAAAUAAAAUCAAAUAAUCGUAUAACUAUCAAAGGGAAAGAAAAAAAUCAAAAAUAUUCCACCAUUUUGAAGAAAACUGAAAUAAAAAAUGACAAUGAUUAUCAUACUACUUCAAAUAAAUCAAAACUUAGUGUCCCAAAAAUAGUGAUGAAAAAUAUAGCUAAUAAAACGAGAAAUAAAGUAGCUGAUAAAGUGGGAAACAGUAAUCGCAUAGGUAGCUCAUUAAAUGGAGAAAACAUAAAUAAAUGUUCAGAAAAAAAUAAAAAAUCAAAUACAUAUAACAAACGGGAAGCAAAAGAAAGUUCAAAGUAUGGAAAUAAUGGUAGAGCAGAUAUUAUAAGCAGUAAAAAAAAGAAUAACAAUGUUAAAAGUGUUAAUGAUAAACUAAAAAUGAUAAACGAAAGGAAAAAGAAAUGUGAGAGUAAAAUUGAUAGUAAUAUUGGAAAUGGGAAAAAGAAAACAGAACCAAGCUCAAAUAAAGAAGAUAGAUUAAUAAGUCAGAAAAUUAUGAACACAUCCAUUAAUUUUGAUGAUGUACAUAACCUAAGUGAAGAUGAUAAUUUUAUUUUUGAAAAAUAUUUAAAUGAAGAAAGUUCUCACGAAAAUGGAAAUUUACAAGAUAUAAUAAAUGAUCAAGUUAUGGCAUUUGAACGAAAAUUUUUAUAA